GCUGUUCACAUGUCAUAAUUUGAUUUAUUUUUGUAUUUUAGGUUAUAAUAUUAAUUUGUAUAUUUAAACUGUGUUUUAAUUAAUUAAAUAGUAUUUUGCUAUGGCUUUCCGGUGCACAAAAUUGUUGAGAAUUAUAAGAAAUAUUAAUGUCAUUCGUCACAAUUUCAUUGCAACUUCUGUUGCUCUGCCCGAAGAAAUUAAAAUCCAGAAGCCAAGGGAAUUCAAAACAGAAGAUAACUUGGUAUAUUUAGAAGAUCCUGACACCUUUGGUACUCUUUCCCGGUCAGGUAAUACCUCAGACGAACUUGAAGAUGAAGGCGAUAUACAAGAGCAGCAAUUUUUAGAAAAUAAACCUUUAAAUAAACAGAAAUUAACUACGAAGCAAUACGCCGAUAUAAUUAAGCAAUGCCUGAAAUAUAAAAGACUUAAAGAAGCUAUGGACGUGCUGGAAGUAAGAAUGUUAAAAGAAGAUAGGGUGAAACCAGAAAACUACAUUUAUAACAUACUCAUUGGUGCUUGUGCUGAUGUUGGAUAUACUAAAAAAGCUUUCAAAUUGUUCAAUGAUAUGAAGAAACGAGCGCUGCGACCCACUGGAGAUACUUACACUUGCUUAUUUCAUGCUUGUGCUAACAGUCCCUGGCCAGCAGAUGGACUGAACAGAGCCCAGCAUCUUAAAGAGCUGAUGAUUGAGAAAGGAUACGAACCUAAUGUGACAAACUAUAAUGCAAUGAUUAAAGCAUUUGGUAGAUGUGGUGACUUACCUACAGCUUUCCAACUUGUUGAUGAAAUGGUGGCAAAGAAGUUCAGGAUAAAAGCCCAUACUAUGAACCACCUUCUUCAAGCUUGUAUUUCUGACAAACAAAAUGGGUUGCGCCAUGCCCUCAUAGUUUGGAGGAAAAUGCUGAAAAUGAAGGAGAAGCCUAAUAUUUAUAGUUUUAAUUUAAUGUUAAAAUGUGUAAAAGAUUGUAAUUUAGGCAGUCAGCAAGAUAUUGAGGAACUUAUCAGUAUGAUAAACUCUCAAAUACAAUUACAAUUAAAUAGUAGGAAGAAGUUAAAACUGACUGAACCAAGUAAAACUCUAGAAAUAGAAGAAGGUAAAAAAGCAUUACUUGAUGCUCCAAAGUCUGUUAGUGAUGUAGGAACAGAGGCAACUUCCAGUGAUUUAAGUAUAAUUGAUAAGAAAAACAAUGUAACCAUGGAAUUUGUAAACAAAUUGGAUAAAAGCAGAAACACAAGGACUGUACCGAACUUAUUAUCCAAAGUAUUAAACAUGGAGCAAGUGACAGCAUUACAAGAAGUUCAUACAUUACAAGAUAAGUUUGCAGUGGUGGGAGGGCAAGAUGACUUUUUGAAUGAAAUGAAAGCUUUUUCAAUAAAACCAGAUAUCAAAACUUUUACACAAAUGCUACCAUUGUUAGAUAACACUACAGAAGCUGAGGAAAAAUUGCUACAGCAAAUGAAAUCUUUUGAAGUCAAAGCUGAUAUUGAUUUUUACAAUAUGCUUAUAAAGAAAAGGUGCAUGAGAUCUGAUUAUGAUGCUGCGUUUGCAGUUCCAGAUAUUAUUACAAAAGAAAUAGAAUUUCGCAAGAAGAGGUAUCCACAUUCAAAAAGGUUGAAACUAAAAGUCAACAUUAUGACUUAUGGUGUGCUAGCAAUGGCCUGUAAAACUAAGGAGAGUGCAGAGAAACUUCUCAAAGAAAUGGAAGAAAAACAGUUGAAGGUUAAUAUGGAAGUUCUAGGUGCAUUGCUGAGACAAGGGACAGCCAAUGUGCAAUUUGGCUAUGUCUUGUACAUCAUGAAUGUAGUCAAAAAGGAAAAUAUUAAAGUUAAUGGCAUAUUCUUAAAACACCUGGAAGCCUUCAAUGACAAAUGCCAAAAUAUCAUCAAACAGAGUGGAAAUUCAGAAGUUUUUAAGAAGUCAUAUGAAAUAUUCUCUAAAUACUAUAACAGUUGGCUGAAAGACGUCAAUAUUGAAGAAGCGUUAAAAUCAGAACAUCCUUGGCAGCAGUUCAGAGAAAACUUUCCACAGACAGUUCAGCGACACUCAGUCCAAAUUGAGGAACCAAAGAAAUUUUAUAAAAGGAAUAGGAAAUAUGUGCCCUAUGCCCCCAGAACGUAAAAUAAAAGAGAUAUUAGAAAUA